CUGUGGCUGUGAAGUCUCUUUCGGGUAACUGGAAAGUUUAUUCGAUUCUGCAUCGAUACAAGACAGAACAUAAUUUAUAAAUCAUCUUUUAAAGGACCAGAGGACACUUCACAAGGUGGAGGGAGCAGACUGAGACAGGAGCAGGAAAUCAAGAGUCUUUCUGCAGAGAUCGAGAGUCUUAAAAACCCACAGAGCCAGAGCCCGUCUCCUCGCCUCGAAGAGCUGCGAGACGAAAACACCAAACUCAAAUACCGCCUCAACAUCCUGAAGAGGGAAGGCAGCGCUCCCUGCAGUAAAGCCAUGUUGAACAUAAAUCAGCGGCUCCUGGAGGUUUUCGGCGAGGCCAUCCGGGCUUCCUGCCCCGAGCUGGACGACCCUCCACUGGCCGUGUCGCCCAACCAGCAGGCCAAGUUUGGAGAUUACCAGUGCAACAGCGCCAUGGCUCUGUCCCAGAUCCUGAAGGCGAAGGGAAUGAAAGUCAACCCGAGAGAGAUCGCAGAGAAGAUCAUCCAGAACCUUCCAGCCAACGAGCUCAUCCAAAAGACGGAGAUCGCAGGACCAGGCUUCAUCAACGUCCACCUGGAGAAGAAGUUUGUGUCCAAGCUGUUGAGCAACCUGCUGGUUAACGGCGUGCAGCCCCCCCCGCUGGACGCCAAGAAGAGGGUGGUUGUGGACUUCUCGUCUCCAAACAUCGCCAAAGAAAUGCACGUGGGCCACCUCCGCUCCACCAUCAUCGGGGAGAGCAUGUGCCGCCUCUUUGAGUUCCUGGGAUACGACGUUCUCAGGUUGAACCAUGUGGGUGAUUGGGGGACUCAGUUCGGGAUGCUGAUCGCUCACCUGCAGGAUAAGUUUCCAGACUAUCUAACGGUCUGCCCGCCCAUCAGUGACCUUCAGGGAUUCUACAAGGAGUCAAAGAAGCGUUUUGAUGAGGAGGAGGAGUUUAAGAAGCGGGCGUAUCAGUGUGUCGUCCAGCUGCAGAGCAAAGAGCCGGACUUCAUCAAAGCCUGGAACCUGAUCUGUGAUGUUUCCAGGAAAGAGUUUCAGAGGGUGUACGACUGCCUGGACAUCACCCUCACCGAGAGAGGAGAGUCCUUCUACCAGGACUUGAUGAACGAUGUGGUGAAGGAGUUUGACGAGAGAGGCCUGAGUCAGAUGGACGACGGCCGUAAAAUCGUCUUCCCCCCGGGUCAGUCCAUCCCACUCACCAUCGUCAAGUCGGACGGCGGUUACACCUACGACACGUCCGACCUCGCUGCCAUCCGUCAGCGAAUCUUUGACGAGAAAGCUGACAUCAUCAUCUACGUCACAGACAGCGGACAGUCCACACACUUCCAGGUGGUGUUUGCUGCGGCUCAGAUGAUUGGUUGGUACGACCCCAAGGUGACCCGGGUGGAGCACGCAGGAUUUGGAGUUGUGCUGGGAGAGGACAAGAAGAAGUUUAAGACUCGCUCUGGAGAAACGGUGAGGCUGAUGGACCUGCUGGAGGAGGGGCUGAAGAGGUGCAUGGACAAACUGAAAGAGAAGGAGCGAGACAAGGUCCUGACCCCGGAGGAGCUGACUAAGGCCCAGAGGGCGGUCGCUUUCGGCUGCAUCAAAUACGCUGACCUCUCCCACAACCGCAUCAACGACUACGUGUUCUCCUUCGACAAGAUGCUGGACGACCGUGGCAACACGGCGGCGUACCUGCUCUACGCCUUCACCCGCAUCAGGUCCAUCGCUCGCCUGGCGAACAUCGACGAGGCGACGCUGAGGACAGCGGCGGAGACCUCGGAGGUCAUCCUGGACCACGAGAAGGAGUGGAAGCUGGGGAAGUGCAUCCUCCGAUUCCCUGAGAUCCUGCAGAAGAUCCUGGACGACCUGCUGCUGCACACGCUCUGCGACUACCUGUACGAGCUCGCCACCACCUUCACCGAGUUCUACGACAGCUGCUACUGCGUGGAGAAGGACAGGCAGACAGGUGAGGUGGUGAAGGUGAACAUGUGGAGGAUGUUGCUCUGUGAGGCCACUGCGUCCAUCAUGGCCAAAGGCUUCGACAUCCUGGGCAUCAACCCGGUCCAGAGGAUGUGAUGUCACAGGGAUAAGACCCGCCUCUGACGUCUUCCUCACUCGCAUCGCGGCCAAAACUCACCGGAGACGAUUCUACGAUGUCACAAUAUACAGAAAGCGUCACGUAGAGUCGAUUUAAUAAAAUAUCUCAUGUAAAGUAUCGUUUUUAUUAAAGAACCAAACGCCCA